AUGAGCAGCUACUACAUGUACUGGUACCGGCAGGGACCAAGUGGCUCUCUGGAAUGGAUUUACCGGGAAGGUGAUGCCUAUGGAGAAGGUUUCAAGGAUCGGUUUAAGGGAUCAGUGGAGAGCUUCCAGAACAGAUUCACCCUGCAGAUCCAGGCAGCAAAGCAAGGGGAUGAAGCAGUGUAUUUCUGUGAUGCCAGGCUCACCCUGGAGCAGCCCUGCAGCAGAGUGAACCCAAAACUGACUGAGAGAGAUCAGAGACUUCUCAGCAUUCCUUUCCAGCAGGUGCCAACAGAGGUUGGUGUCAUGCAGUGGCAGGUGCAGGAAACAGAGCUUUGGUAUGCUUGCAAUUGUCCGCAACAACCACUGGGUCCUUUUCUGAGAAUAUGCUUCCCUGCUGGGCAGCCCCCAGCCUGGCAGGGAGGUAUUUCUUCCCAGGUACGGGACUUUGCUCUUCCCCUUAUAGAACUGCAUGGGGUUCCUGUCAGCCCACUUCUCCAGCCUGUCGAGGUUCCUCUGGAUGGCAGCACAGUCCUCUGCGUGUCUGGUCCCUGCGGGAAAAGGGUUGGCAGUGAAGCCAGGGCGGGCUGGGGGUGCGGGGCCUGGGUCCUGCGAGGGGAUAACGCGGGACGAGAGCCUGGCCCUGGCGCUGGAGCUGGGGGUUGGGGCCGGACCCCGGUGGGCCUGGCCGAGGCUCGGACGCCCUUGGGCAGGGCUGGGCAGGGCGAGAAGGCGGGACAGCGCCGGAGCCGCGCUGGCAGCCCAGGGCCAGGAGCCUUGGUGUGCCGGGGCGCCGCGCUCCUCCUGUGGCGCCGGCCCUGCCCCGCGUCCCUGCCCGCGCCCGCCCUUCUCCUGGCCCGAAGGCGCCGCGGCAGCGGGGGGCCGGGCCGGGCCGGGUCGGGUGUGUCGGGGGCGGGCAGAGGCGUGGUCGCUGCCCCGGCGAGGGCCCGAGGCGUCGGGGCGGGCAGGAGCGGGCUGGUGUGCGGCUCCGCUGGGCUGGUGUGCGGCUCCCGCCGGGCCCGAUGGCGGCCGGGCUGGGGCCGUGGCUCCUGGCCCUGGCCUUGGCCUUGUGUCGGGCAGGUUUGAAGCUCGCAGCCAACAGAGGACAGCGAGUUUUGCUCAAAAUUGCUGUAAAAAGCUGUUUGUGGUAUCAUCAGGGGAGUAGAAAAGUCUGAAUUUCAGUUUUGCUCUUUGCCAUCCCAAGAAAACAUUACCCUCCUUUGCUUAAACAGUAAAUUUCUGGUGAAGUUGUCCACCACAA